AUGAGAAACCCUUUAAAUCUUAUCAAAAAUCUGCAAAAUCAGCAAAUAAAAAUGCCUAAAAUUGUAUCCCCACAAAAUGACGUCAUCAAGCCUGAGAAAAAGGAAGACUUGUUGAAGGAAAGACCUUCUAGAAAGAACAAGAAAAAGGAGAAGGAGAAUAUCGAAAAACCUUCUGUGAAACCCCAAAUUACAAAAAUGCCCCUGGUCUUGCCUGUUGAGGCAUCCAUCUUUGCUCUUUUCUUGAUUGUCUUGCUCGGUGCCUUCUAUGUUGUCCAUAGUGUUUGGGCUGCAGGAGAGGCGUAUUCGGCUCCUUCAAUUGUGCUUACAUCUCAUUCCCAUGAUGGACUUCAUGUUUUUGAUGAUUUCAGAGAGGCCUAUGCAUGGUUAAGCCAUAACACAGAAGUAGAUGACAAGGUUGCAUCUUGGUGGGACUACGGUUACCAAACAACCGCAAUGGCAAACCGCACUGUCAUUGUUGAUAACAACACAUGGAACAACACACAUAUCGCGACAGUUGGCACUGCCAUGUCAUCACCUGAAAAGGACGCGUGGCAAAUUUUCAAUUCCUUGGAUGUGAAAUACGUACUUGUCGUGUUUGGUGGUCUCGUGGGAUACCCUAGCGAUGACAUAAAUAAAUUCCUAUGGAUGGUUCGUAUUGGAGGAGGCGUUUUCCCACACAUCAAGGAACCUGAUUAUCUGAGAGAUGGUCAAUACAGAAUUGACUCACAGGCGACUCCAACCAUGCUUAACAGUCUCAUGUACAAAUUAUCUUAUUUCAGGUAUUUACGUUUAAGGUCAUUUUAA